AUGGCGCCGGCAUCCAUCGAUGAGGGUGUUCAGCCUUCGAUGGGUGUCCGCCUCGAGACGGAUUUUGAUGCUUUCUUCGAGAGGGAAGAUGCGGCAGCGCAGCUGCAACACUGGCGCGAGGAGAUCGCAUCGACUGUCCUUGGAGUGCCUGCUUCCGAAAUUCAACUAGGACGCAUCAGGCGAGGUUCGCUGGACCUCGAGUUUGUUGUCGAGGGCAUCAGUGCACAAGAGCUCCAGCAGCGGCUGGACCGUGAGGCAGAUCGGCUGCGGGCUUUGUUUCAGGAGCCUGUCCUGGAGGCACUUACGCACAUUUAUCGUCGAGACUGUUGCACAAGCAAGGCAGCUCCAGUUGUGCCAAUCCGCAUCAUCACAUCCAUUCGCGACGCUCUUGCCCUUGCGCCACUGCCUUCGCCCCUCCCGUCCCCCUCCUCACCUCACCAGCGUCCCCACCACCGCUGCCGCCGCCGCCACCGCCAGCAGCAGCACCACCACCGCCACCAUCGCUAUCGCCAUUACCAUCACCACCGCCUCCAUCAACAUAAACACAGCAUCAUUGUUUUCAGCCUUAUCAUCAUUUUCGUGAUCCUGAUCCUCCGCAUCCCCCCUCUUUGUCUUUACCAUUAA